AUGUCUCUUCCCCGGCGACCCGACGACUCCUCGCGAGGGAGCCGAGACAACCGCCAUGUCUUCCGAGAGUCGAGCUCGCGCCGCCGUAGGACGUCGGACCUCGAGAACACGCGCACCCACGACCGCUCCAACAGCAAGAGCGGCGCCAACGAAUACGCGCGAGCACUCCCCUCGCCCGGCACACCCGUGCCCAUGGAGCGAGACCCCAUCAUGCGCUCCGCGAACACCACGCCCGCUCACGAGCUGGGCAGGAAGCGUAGUCUGAUCCGUCCCGAGCGCCAGCGGAUGGACCCUAGCCACCCCAACUAUCACUACAGCAAGCAUGCCCAGCGAAUGGCCGUAAAACCCUCGACCACCGGCAACGACCCCAUCAUCGAAGACAGCCUCGAGAAUGAGACGGUCAGCUCCGACAGCACCGACUUGAAGCCCUCGCACCUGCGCAAUGCCUCAGGUGGCGGAUACCACGACAAGCAGGCGCCCCUCGACGACGAAAAGCUGCAGCGCCGCAUGACCCGCAGCAAGACGGCCGAGGCUCGCGAGAUCCAGCGGCAGAAGGAGAAGGACAAGCUGCGGCCCCCGAGUUUCUGGAACGUCUACUGUGCCAUUAUUACCUUCUGGUGUCCGGAUGCCCUCCUGAGGUGCUUUGGAAAGCCUGCCAAGGCCCAACAGCGCGCCUGGAGAGAGAAGGUCGGACUCGUGAGCAUCAUUAUGAUGAUCUGCACAUUCGUUGGAUAUCUCACGUUCGGUUUCACCGAGACUGUGUGCCCAUCUGGCGGCAACGCCCGUAUGCGCGUCAACAAGGUUGACAACGGCACCUUGAUCGUGCACGGCAAGGCUUACAAUCUUGCCCAGUCCAAGCACCCUCCCGCUCGCGGCAUCCCGUCUGGCGCCAACGUACUCUUCGAUCUCCCUGAGAAGCACGGCGGCCAAGAUGCCAGUUUCUUGUUCCAGAAUGUCAAUGGCGCGUGCAAGGGUCUCAUCACACCCAAGGAGAACUCGGGCAUACCAACCAGUGGCAACAGCAUGGCCUGGUACUUCCCUUGCCGAUUUUUCAACCAGGACGGUUCCAGCAAGCCCAACACUACUUUCCUUGAAUACAAUGGCUACAUGUGCCACACCUCGGACCCCGCUCGCAAGGCGUUCAACAGCUUGCAAGAUGCCGGAGAGAUUUCCCGCAAUCUGAUGGUUUGGGGUGGCGAUGUUCUGGACCUGAACCUACUCGACCACUUCAACAGGACCCAAGUCAACAUCCCACCCAUCUUCGAUCAGAUCAAGGUCAACCCAGCUGUCCGGGGCGUGGACGUCACGCGCACCUACUCUUCGAGUUAUGAAAAGCAGGUUGCUCGAUGCUUCACUGAAAUCAUCAAGGUUGGGUCCAUCGACACAGAGAGCAUUGGUUGCAUUGCUUCCAAAGUUGUCUUGUACGUCUCGCUGGUCUUCAUCUUGGCGGUCGUUGUGGCCAAAUUCAUUCUCGCCUUGGCCUUCCAAUGGUUCAUCAGCAAGCAAUUCGGUGCCACUAAGACGUCCGUCGGCAAGGCGGACUCGAAGCAGCGAAAGCAGCAGAUCGAGGAGUGGAGUGAUGAUAUCUAUCGUCCUCCCCCAAAGCUGAGUGACGCAUCUGGCGGCCCUGACCGAUCGAGCAAGCGAGGUAGUACCUUCCUGCCGUCAACCUCGCGAUUCACCAGCCCUUACUCCGUGGACAAGUCGACAAAGACCCGAGCAGCUCCUACGACUAUGACCAGCCAAAGCACCAAUUCCCGGGGCCUUUCGUCCAACGCUGGUGUCUAUCGCCAGUUAAACAACAGCCAUGGCACACUACCCACCUACGAUGGCAAGCACUCGAUGCAGCAAUCUGUGCAAGAAUCUAGGACGAGCUUGCUUAUCCCUGGCAGCACCGACAACCGAUACUCAGGCAUGAUGAGCGAGGAAGGCCCCGGACCAGCUGGCUUCAUCCACGAGGCCGUUGUGCCUCAGCCUCCCCCCGAGUGGCAGCCUUUUGGAUAUCCCCUAGCCCACUCCAUUUGCUUGGUUACGGCCUACUCUGAGGGUGCCGACGGCAUCAGGACCACAAUUGACUCUAUUGCUACCACCGACUACCCGAACAGCCACAAAUUGAUUUUGGUCAUUUGUGACGGUAUUAUCAAGGGUAAAGGCGAGGACUUGUCUACGCCCGAGAUCUGUCUUGCUAUGAUGAAGGACCACGCAGUUCUUCCCCACGAGGUUCAGGCUUUCUCUUACGUGGCUGUUCGACACAACAUGGCUAAGAUCUACUCCGGUUUCUACGAUUACGGCGAGGACUCGCGCAUCCCAGUCGACAAGCAGCAACGUGUUCCGAUGAUGGUCGUGGUCAAAUGCGGCACACCAGACGAGGCGCACAAGUCCAAGCCCCGAGCUGGGAAUUCGAAAUGUUUAAACGGUAUCUGGAAAAUCACUGGUAUCUCUUCCGACUUUUACGAGAUUGUGCUCAUGGUGGGACGCCGGACACGAAAGGUCUUCCUCGACAAGCUUGGACACAGAAGGAUUUGCCGCCAUGGUCAAGGAUCCCGUACAUCAUGGGUCUCUGUGGAGAAACCAAGAUUGCCAACAAUUUCGCGACUCUUGGGUAUCCAUGAGGCCAAGUGUUUGAGUAAGUUUUGUUCCACGUUUGACGAUGGCGCCACUGACUGCAUUAGAUACUUCAUUUCUCACCACUUGGCCAAGUCUUUCGAGUCGGUGUUCGGUGGUGUUACCUGUCUGCCUGGAUGUUUCUGCAUGUACCGCAUCAAAGCCCCGAAGGGCGGUCAGAACUACUGGGUCCCAAUCCUUGCCAAUCCGGACGUUGUCGAGCACUACUCGGAAAAUGUGGUCGACACGUUGCACAAGAAGAACUUGCUGCUGUUGGGUGAAGAUCGAUACCUUUCGACGCUCAUGCUCAAGACAUUCCCCAAGCGCAAGCAGGUCUUUGUCCCCCAAGCCGUCUGCAAAACCACAGUACCCGACGAAUUCAAGGUCCUCCUUUCGCAGCGAAGGCGAUGGAUCAAUAGUACGAUCCACAAUUUGAUGGAGCUGGUACUAGUACGCGACUUGUGUGGCACCUUCUGCUUCAGCAUGCAGUUUGUCGUGUUCAUUGAGCUCAUCGGAACCCUGGUCCUCCCAGCCGCCAUCGCCUUCACCUUCUACCUGAUUGCCAUCUCGAUCAAGGCUGCUGUCCUGAACACAGCGGCUCCCGUCAUUCCACUUAUUCUUCUUGCGAUGAUUUUGGGUCUCCCAGCAAUUCUUAUUGUCGUGACAGCUCACCGAUGGUCUUACGUUGCUUGGAUGUUUGUUUACCUACUGUCACUUCCCAUUUGGAAUUUUGUACUCCCAACGUAUGCUUUCUGGAAGUUUGACGACUUCUCUUGGGGCGACACACGUAAGACGGCGGGCGAGAAGACGAAGAAAGCAGGGUUGGAGUACGAGGGCGAGUUCGAUAGCAGCAAGAUCACCAUGCGGCGCUGGCACGACUUUGAAGCAGGUAAGGUACACGACUUCUCUCGAUAG